AUGCUAAAUGCUGAACUGGAUGAAUCACAAGACGGAAUUAAGAUUGACGGGAGAAAUAUCAACAACCUCAGAUAUGCAGAUGUUACCUCUCUAGUGGAAGAAAGUGAAAUGGGACUAAAGAAACUCUUGAGAGUGAAAGAGGAGAUCAAAUACAUGAAGGAAAUCUCUCCUUAUUUUAAGAAUUCCUCAACUGGUGCAACUGUAAGUUGGGAUUCUUCACCAGGCUUUCAGAAGCAAGCUUCUCCAACUCUUUCCCUGCAAGACCUCAAGGAAGGGAAGAAUAUCCCGUUAAAAAUGUGCUACAUAUCAAGGAAGUGUCUUCCAAAUGAUCCAGAAAACAGGUACCUAGAAGUGUGUUCGGCAGAUGGACGGAUCUCCUUGUUCCUUCGAGCAAAAGAGGAAGCAUCUGCCCAGUCUUGGUUCAAUGCUAUUCAUAGCAAUGUUAGCAUUCUGUUGCCAAGAGUCAAAGAGGAGCUGAAGGCCUUACAAUCAGGACUUGGCAUUGUAGGAAAUAGAGACAUCAAGCACAUUGGCUGGCUCACAGAACAGCUCCCAGGUGAUGGGACAAAAAAUAUCCUUGCUAUUCUCACAGAGAAGGAGCUUCUUUUCUAUGGCAAUCUCCCCCAAAACAGAGAUGUUCUGAACAAGCCAACUCACAGAUUCCCUCUUAUAGCCACCAGGCUUGUACACUCUGGCCCAUCAAAAGGUUCUUUAUUGUACGACUCAGAACUCUCAUUUGCUUUGCGGACUGGAACUAAGAAAGGUGUGGAGACACAUCUUUUUAGUGUGGAGACACACCGGGACCUAGCCACAUGGACAAGAAUGCUGGUGGAUGGUUGCCAUAAUGCAGCUGAGUGUGUCCAGGAAGUGUCAACUGCUUGUACAUGGAACGGGAGGGACUGCACCCUGUCCAUCCACAUUGACAAGGGUUUCACCAUCUCCACCCUGGAGCCAGGCCUCACCAAUGUUGUUCUUCUCCAGCAACCCUUUGAGAAGCUACAGAUGUCUUCAGAUGAUGGGGCCAAGAUGCUUCACUUGGAUUUUGGCAGCUCAGAGGGAGAGAUUCAACUAGAUCUUCAUUCCUGUCCCAAAACAAUUGUCUUCAUCAUCCAUUCAUUCCUCUCUGCCAAGGUGACCCGGCUUGGAUUAUUGGCAUAGGGACAUAGAGCAAACUCUGGAGAGAAGCAAGACUUUGUGCAAGCUAUGCAGUAUGGUUCUACCUUCAUGGUGAAAAUAAAGGGUUGAAAUACAGACUAGAACAAGAACAACAUUUCAACAUCCACAGCUGAAAUAAAAAACUGUUAAACUUCCAGGACAACUGAAGAAAGCAAAUGGACAGCUGUCCAGAAUCUCCAUUUUAAGACUUGACAACUGAUACCAAGAUGACAUCCCCAUCCCAUCUCCUACAUCAGAAGCUUGAAAAAAGGUGAAGGUGUCAUGCCAAUCCAAUUUAGCCAUCACAUUAGUGCCUUGAAGAUAUUUUAUAUAUACAUAAAUAUAUAAAUAUAUAUAUAUAUAUCAAAUCUGUUUGUAUCAAGGUUUUAUAUUUAUAUAUAGUUCAUUUGCUGUCUUAGUGGCUUUUAGUCUAGCGUUUCAACACUAUUUUAGACCCAAGAUACUACACUGUACCGAUCUAUCUGGGACUAAUCCAUGAACUCAGAAGGAUUUAUUUUUAAGUGAACAUGCAUUAGGUUGAACUGAAAAUUCAGCGAAAGUGCGUAAGAUUUAGCAGAAAGCCAUUUUUUUUACAUGCAGCAGACACAAGUUAACUGUCUAAAUCCAAUCUUUUUUAUUUAUCUAAAAUUUGGAAAUAGUUACAAAAGGCUUUUUUUAAGGAAACAGCAGGAAAUAACUUUAAUUUUACUUAAUCCUAGCCCCAUAAUUUUUAUUUGUCAAAUAUAACUGGAGGUGCUUUUGACAGGGGAAGCAAUUAAUUUUAUGAGCUAAAAUUGUGCAUGAAAUUUGUUUUCAUUUUUGUCAGAAUAAAUCUAGAUUGCUGAAGAUGACUAAAGCAAACCUUUUCCAAUUUAUCUUGAAAGUAAUGUUUGGAAUUACUCAUUGAGCUUGAAAUCUAUCAAUUUUUGACACAACAGUGGCUCUCAAUUUAAUUUUAAUUGGAGUGGCUUUUUAGCUGCCAACUGCUGCCAUGGUUAUUAUCAGUCUAAUCAGGAUUCUGUUGUUUAACAGUCUUAACUAUAUUGAAACUGCCUACAUAACUUUUCACGUUUUGCUCUUCUAAUAAGUUUUAAUUUAUAUAUUAGUGAAUUAAUAUUAGGCAGAUUGUAACACGCACAUUCUAAACACAUCAUGACUGUUAAUUAAAUGAACACUGACAAUGAGAAA